AGCUGGUUGAUGCAUUUAACUCUCAUAACAGCAAGAAAAAGAUAAAUGCCAGCAAAAAAAUCGCUCAAUACAUAAUGGACUUUACUUCUGGUCACUUGGGAUUAAUUAGGUGGAUGCUUAAUGGUGUGGAUAACUAUUUUUCAUAUAGAGACACAAGUUGCAAGGUCACUACCGCCAAGGAAAUAAUGUCGUAUUUCACCUCUUCGGAUUUUAUGGAACAUAUUAAAGCACAUAGAGGCGCUCACCUUUACAAUUUUAAUGUAAUCGAGGGAAAUUUCAUCGACGAGCUGCUUCUCAAGGAUGAACUUCCUGUGAAUUCCCAUAAUCCUGACAAGGCAGUCAACGCUUUGGUUGAAGCUGGUAUAUUAUCUUAUGUAGAUGACGAAGGAUCCAAAUUUGGGGAAAGCCGAGCUAGAUUUUUGUCGCCAGCAGCCAGAUUGCUGUCAUUCUUCCAUCGCUCCAAGAAACCACUGAAAGAUGGUUUCACUUUGCAAGAACUUGUACGUGAGGCUUUGUCACGAAUAAAUUCAAAGGCUUUAACUCACAAUAUGGGACGUUCAAAAGAUGGAACUCGAUUGUUAGAGCGUGUAUGGCAGAUGGAGUUUUAUACGGCGAUAUAUAGUUGCCUACCGGACGAGAUGCAUAUAUCUUCUGAUGUAGGAAGAAUAUUUGCUACUGAUGGAGCAGUUGAUUUCUAUAUUUCUGAACCUCAGUGGGCAAUCGAACUUUUAAUUGAUGGCAUCGACUUAAAACGGCACCACGAACGAUUUCAAGACGGAGGCCGAUAUUCGCCGAUACCCAUAAAGUCAUACAUACUGCUCGACAUUCGUGAAACUAGGAUAGUCCAGAAAUCCUAUCCAAAAACUUGGCAUAUCACGCCGAACGCUGACUUCACGGUAUUCAACGUUUUAGAGGGUACAGACACCUUCAACAUAUUCACUAGACGAGGUUAUCCACGUAGUCCAGUUGUCCGAUUAUUAGCACAAGAAUCUGAAGCGCUAAAAUAUGAAAUGUCAACCAUAAAAAAAAAACAUAUUUCGUAUUGUGAAGAGGGGGAAGAAAUUCGAGAGGCAAAGAAACGACAAGAUCGACGCGAUAUUGUAGA